AUAGAGCUUCAAUAGGUUGUUUAUCCGCGUUUGCUUUAUUAUUAUUAUUAUUAUUAUUUACAACAACAACUAAAAAAAAAAACAAUGGAAGGAAACAUUUGCAACAUCCAGGUGCUUCUUCGAGCUGCAGAGUUUCUGGAUAGAAGAGAGCGAGAAGCAGAACAUGGAUAUGCUUCACUCUUGCCUCUCAGUCCAGGUCACAAUGAUAAAAGGAGCAAACAGAAAAGCAAGAAGAUAUCUGCGGGUGGCAAUAGGUCAGUUCACAAUGAGCUGGAGAAAAACAGACGAGCUCAGCUGAGGCACUGCCUGGAGCAGCUCAAGAAACAAGUCCCUCUGUCUUCUGACUCGAUGAGGAGCACCACACUUAACUUGUUGAGGCGAGCCCAGCUUCACAUAAAGAAGCUGCAGGAACAGGAUGAGCGUGCAGAGCAGCUGAAGGGCCGUCUGCUGUGGGAGCAGAGAGAGCUGCGGGUUCGGCUCGAGCAGCUGCAGAGAGGCACGGAGAGGAUGAGGAACAAUAGUCAGGGGUCCACUAUGUCCUCCGAGAGGUCGGACUCUGACAGAGAGGACGUGGAGGUUGAUGUUGAGAGCAUCGUGUUUGACUGUGUGGACUCUGACGGACUGAGCAUCACACACACUGAUGCGGACCACAGUUACUCCAGCAUGGACAAAUCCUGGCUAUGACAGCAGUAAACCUACAGUAACUCACCUAAUGUCACAGGACGGAAAGCAAGAGGAGAAAACAUUCCAAAAAAAAAAACAAAAAACAAGCAAAUGGAGGAUGAGGGACAAUGGAAAAAGAUGUUACUGUACAACUCUGAACACUUUUCUUUAUAUUUGAACUGAAGGAGUAACUUUUGGCAUUCUCCCUUCAAAUUAUGUCAGACUACAAGCUAAACAAUAAUGUUGGUUAAGAAUGAGCUGUGUCAAUUUGCACUGAAUAGCAGCUAAAAUCACUGGGCUGGGAUGGAUGUAACAUUACUUAUAUAUAUAUAUUUUUUGGCAUCAACCAUUAAUGGCAUUUUUUUCCCAAAGCUAUGAGAGGUCCAUAACUCACAAAGAUUCAAACAGAAUUCAUCUUUAAGGGCUUUUCUCAAUCCAAAUAAGGGCUUUUUAUUCAAAACUCUUAACUUAUUCUUUACUACAGUAUUUCUUUACUAAAUUCUGCCUUAAAUCAGAUGUGGUCUAGUAUUCUAUCCAGCUUCUCUUUAGCACUAAGUUUAUAUUUCAGUAAUGUCAUGUAUAGCAUGCACUUAAACAUUAAUCUGUGCUAUGUUUUGUAUUAUUGUCCUGUUAUAUAAGUUCAGUCACAUAUUUUCUUUUUCUUCUGUUGCACAAAAUGACCACACAUUGCACUUGUUUUAUCUCAAAAAGACUGUGGGUGUAUCAAAAUGAAAACAGCGAAGAGGAAAUUACCUGGUCAUGUUUGCACACUGAUAUCUGGCAAUUACAGAACUGUGCCAAAUAUUCAUUUGGUGGAUUUCUACACAAAUCAGUCUUGUGAUGAAGUGCAAGGAUUUUGAUGCCCGUGUGAAAGAUAAAUUGUGAGCAUUAAAGGGGGCUCCUUGCACAAAUCUAAUGACAGUUCCAGUUCUAAUGCUAAUAUCAACUGAUUUUUCUUUGCAGUGUCCAUUAUCCCAACUGUACACUUUGCUGCCUGUGCAUUUGUCAGUUAAAAUGCUAAUUAUGCAUGCAACAGAUUCACCACAGUCCUGCAGGUAAUGUCUACUUGUAAUGAUUAUGCAAUUAAUGCUGUGUUACAAGUAUCUAUUCUAUUCAUUGCUAUAUAUUUAAGAACUGAAGGUGCUUUUUUUCCCUUCACUUUUGUAUAUGCAAGAUGCCUUAUUACCUUUUUAAUAGUAUGUAUGCAUUCAUCUGUCUGUCCGCCCAGUAAUAUUAUGUAGCAUUUUGUACUGGUGUAAUCUUUUUUUUCUUUUUUUUUCAAAUAAAUAUUUUCUAUA